AUGGGAAACGAAAAGAAGGACCCAGGCGGGGUCGGUGUGCAGAUUGAGUCACCGUCCCCGGUGCCGUCCAGUUGCGGCGGUUCGGCCGCCUUUAACAUGAUCACCAACAUCAAUCUGCCCGUGCCACUGUCGCUGGAGGAGAAAAAGUUUCUGCUCGCGGUGGAACGUGGCGAUUUGGCAAGCGUCAAGCGGAUCCUCCAACGGGCCCACAGGAAGCGCAACGUGAACGUCAACUGUGUAGAUUCGUUGGGGCGAGGAGCGCUGACGCUGGCUAUCGAGAAUGAAAAUCUCGAGAUGGUUGAACUGCUGGUGAUCAUGAACGUCGAAACGAAGGACGCACUGCUGCUCGCGAUUAACGCGGAGUUCGUUGAAGCUGUGGAGCUACUGCUCGAACACGAGGAGUUAAUCCAUAAGGACGGUGAACCAUACAGUUGGCAACGUGUGGACAUCAACACGGCAAUGUUCACGCCAGACGUUACACCGCUAAUGCUGGCAGCUCACAAAAACAACUACGAGAUCUUGAAAAUCCUUCUCGAUCGAGGCGCCACUCUGCCGAUGCCUCAUGAUGUAAAAUGUGGUUGCGAAGAGUGUAUCCGUCGCUCGUCGGAGGAUUCACUGCGACACUCGUUGGCGCGCGUUAACGAAUACCGUGCACUGGCAAGUCCUUCACUGAUUGCACUCAGCUCUCAAGAUCCGCUGCUGACGGCGUUCCAGCUGUCCUGGGAGUUGCGCAAUCUUGCGUUCGCCGAACAGGAAUGCAAAUCGCAAUACCUUGAACUGCGCCACCAGUGUCAGAACUUUGCUGUGGAGCUGCUGGACCAAUCGCGCAGUUCGCAGGAGUUGGCGAUCAUUUUGAACUACGAUCCGAACUCGCCGCCCUACAUGGAUGGUGACCAUAUGAAGCUGACACGGCUCGAGCUUGCGAUCGACUACAAGCAGAAGAAAUUUGUGGCCCAUCCGAACAUCCAGCAGCUGUUGGCGGCCAUGUGGUAUGAGGGUGUGCCCGGUUUUCGGCGCAAGUCGGCGGCUGAGAAGAUCUUCAUCAUCGUCCGCACCGCGGUACUGUUCCCGAUCUACUGUAUGCUCUACAUGGUUGCGCCCUCUUGCGAGACGUCCAAGUUUAUGCGCAAACCGUUCAUGAAGUUCUUGAUUCACGCAUCGUCUUAUCUCUUCUUCCUGUUUCUUCUAAUUCUGGUAUCUCAACGUGCGGAAGUGCAAGUGGUUCUCCUCUUCGGUACGGAAAGUAUGAAACGAGCGCUACAGGAGGAGUUGGCCCGCCAGCGAGGCAACGGACCAACGUACCUCGAGUGCCUCGUCGUCAUCUACGUGAUGGGUUUCAUCUGGGAGGAAACGCAGGAGAUCUUUAUCGAGGGUAUCCGCAGUUACCUUCGGAAUAUGUGGAACUUCAUUGACUUCUCGCGUAACUUUCUGUACUGUUGUGUCGCACUGUUGCGCAUCAUCGCCUACAUCCAGCAGACGUCACAGAUAUCGGCCGACCCGAGCACGGCAUAUAUUGCCCGCGAGCACUGGGACGACUUCGAUCCGCAACUGAUAGCGGAGGGACUGUUUGCGGCAGCUAACAUCUUUUCCGCCCUUAAGCUGGUCCAUCUGUUUUCCAUCAAUCCGCAUCUUGGACCGCUACAGAUCUCGCUCGGUCGUAUGGUGAUCGACAUUGUGAAGUUUUUCUUCAUCUAUUCGCUCGUAUUGUUUGCAUUCGCGUGCGGUUUGAAUCAGCUGCUGUGGUACUUUGCCGAUCUGGAGAAAUCCAAGUGCUACAGCCUGAAGGGUGGUUUGCCGGACUGGGAUAAUCAGGGUGACGCUUGCAUGAAAUGGAGACGAUUUGGAAACUUGUUCGAGUCCUCGCAGUCCCUGUUUUGGGCUAGCUUCGGUAUGGUUGGUUUGGAGAACUUCGAACUCCAGGGCAUAAAGUCCUAUACUCGGUUCUGGGGUCUGCUGAUGUUCGGUUCAUACAGUGUGAUCAACGUAAUCGUGCUGCUGAACCUGCUCAUCGCCAUGAUGUCCAACUCGUACGCCAUGAUCGAUGAACACUCCGACACGGAAUGGAAGUUCGCCCGUACACGGCUCUGGAUGAGCUACUUCGAGGAGAGCUCUACCCUGCCGCCGCCGUUCAACAUCUUCCCGAACAUGAAGCACCUGAUGCGUCUCUUCGGCAAGAAGAAGAAGCGCGAUCUGAAGCGUGAAUCGACCAUUCGUCGUAAGGAAGAUAAGGAACGGGCUGAACGCUAUACCAACGUGAUGCGUGCGCUUGUAUGGCGCUACGUGUCGGCUAUGCAUCGCCGAAUGGAACAGGAUGCGGUCACCGAGGAUGACAUUAACGAGGUCAAGACGGAGAUCUCCGCCAUGCGCUACGAAUUGUUGGACAUCUUCGAGAAGAACGGAAUGGAUGUGUCCGCUGUUGAUCGUAAAGAAAAGGCCGUCUUGGCGAAACGCAUGAAGAUCUGGGAGCGUCGUCUCAUGAAGGACUUCCACGUGGCGCCAGUUGAGAUUGCCGAGCAGGAGGAAGAAGAGGAGGAGGAUGCCAAUCCGCUGGCUCGGUUCCGGCGUGUCGCUAAGAAGGUCGCCAACAAUACGACCUCCGCCAAGUGGGGCCAGGUGAUGACCGGUGUCGGUGUAGAGAUGAACUCCCAGAUCGGUCGUUGCCGCAACCGGGACAGCUUCCGACAGCAGCAACAGCUGCAGAAAGCAAUGGCGGAAGCUCGCCGCUUGGUAGAGCGCAGCCCACUGCCACGUUCGCGUAGCGUUUCGCCCGGUAUCGAGGGGUAUACCGAUGAGACGACCAACACGCUGCUGCACCUGCUGAGCCAGCUGGCCGAAGAAGGUGAGGCAUCGCCCGGCAACACCCUCAACCUGCACGAUCAGAAGAGUGGUGCGGCUACACCACUGAACAUGCUCACGGUGCAACUGCAGGCCGCCCUCAGUAGGACACCUUCCCCGCGCAUGGGCAAAUCCCCCAAACCGUUGGCCGACUCCGGAUUAAAAUCUCCCGCAGGAACGCUCGGUGUUGCCGGGCGUUCGCGAUCCCCUGGUGGCUUGUCACGGCCGGAGGGUCCAUCCGUCGCUAGCAAAUCACCGCUCGCUUCCAUAGCCGGCAGCAAAUCACCUUCUCCGGAUGGCACACCGGCACCGGAGAAGAAGACGAAUCUCGACGUAAAGUCACCGCCCCCUCCGCUGAUCAUGUCGCCACCGCCCGGCAAGUCUUCUCCAUCAGGCACCGUGCAGUCACCUCCACCACCGUCGGUACAGUCGCCUCCACCGACUAUCCACAUCACGCGCACCGAAUCGCAGCUGGUGAAGAAACAGUCCGACUCGAAGGACAGCAACGAGUGUGAGGAAGAGUGUGUGGCUCCACCGUCUCUUCCAUCCUCACCGCCACCAGCGGACGUUCAGUCCGUGGUGCACAGUGACGAUCCGGAACCGCUAGUGUCGGGCGUUAAUUCACCUCCAAAGGUUGUGAAACGUAAGGCACCGGCACCGGUACCAACCGCGACCGGUGAUGACAUUGCCGUGGCCCGUCCAGUAGCAGUCAAACCACAACCCGGUCAAGGCAUGCUUCCGCCACCACCUUCGAAGGAUGAUACCGCCGUCACCAUCAUUCCAACCUUCAGCACCACUCCGGCAACACCGCUUCCAUCCCACAAGGUUGCAGCUGCACCGCGUCCACCGUCCCCGUCCGUACCACCACCGAAGGUGGUCUCACCUCCUCCAACCGUUGCCAGUCCUCCGUUGGUGCCGCUGAUCAAAACAGAACUACUGGCCGACCAUGAACCGGACGCACCAUCCGCGGGCAAAAGCUCCACCACCGGUAGCGGCAGCAAGGAGAGUUUGAUUGUGGGUGGUGGAGAUGCGUCGGCCGAUGCGGCACGGGCCGCUUCCUCGCCACCCUGUCUUCGUCCGUACCGCAAGGUGGACGAUGUAACCACCAUCAAACGACAGCCAAAGAGCGGAUGGUUGUAA